AACAUCUUCGACGUCUACCGGGUGCUCCGCCCCGGCGGGCUCUUCUGGCUCGACCACUUCUUCUGCGUCGGGGACGAGCUCAGGGACGUGUACGGCCCGCUCAUCCGCAGCGUCGGGUUCAGGAAGGUGAAGUGGGUGGUUGGGAGGAAGCUUGACCGCGGGGAGGAGCUCAGGGAGAUGUACCUGUCUGCUCUGCUUGAGAAGCCCUUGGACAACUCUUGGUGA